GUGUGUUAAAGUGUAUAAAUAUAUUGACAGAGGCUGUGUAUAAGUUUUAGUACAUACAUACAAAAUCUGCAAAAAGAUUUAUUCCUAUCUAAAUGCUGAAGUUUUUUAUAGACUCAUGGAAUAAAAAGACAGAAAAAAACUUCUUCUGGAACGUCUGGAAACGUAUGCAACACCUCUUCUUGUGGACAGUCAUGGUUUCACUGGUUGCAGUGGCUGUAUUUCUCCUCUGUGGGACCCUGUUUCAAUCACCCCAGGUAGCAGCAUUCAAACCCCUCUUUCAGGGCGGCUCCCUCACCCAUCGAGAAAUCACUCAGUUGGCCAUCCUCCGCAAGACAGCAGAAGUGUGUCGUGACAUAGCCACUGCCCAGGGGCGCAACUUCACACUGCCUAUAAACAACAGUCUGACUCCAUCUGCUGUCCAAGAAGCCUGCUCAGCAUCUGCUGCUUCAUCAUCUGCUGCCUCUUCCCACGUUUUUUAUUUAGUUAUAACACAAAUUUUUCUAAGUAAUGCAGUCAUAGAUCAACUUUUUGCACUGAGUGAGGCACAUCACGUAGAUAAUGAGGCUUUCAGUGAGGGCCGGCAUCUCAUUACCCAAGGUGUAGCUGCAGUAAAGGCCAGCGUGCUGCAGGGGAGUUAUUUCUCUGCCCGUAACACACUGGGGGCUCUAUGUCACACUCUACAGGACUUCUAUAGCCACAGUAACUGGGUGGAACUGGGAAGCACUGCUCCUUUCGGCACGCUGAUCAAACCUGAGCUUCCUCUCAACAACCUAGCAGGCCCCAGCACACCGACAUGCAGGAGCUGCACUGGGUCAGACUGCAGAGAUAACAUUCUCCCAGAAAUACUGCUGCGCAAGAAACUAACCUCAGGAUAUUUCAGUGUUUACUCCUCCAGAAAACCUGCAGGCAAGUGUAGCCAUGGUGGCUUUCUUGACAGGACCAGUUUAAGAGAACCCACUGGAGGCAUCAAUAAGGAUGACAUUAGGUCAGAUCACGGCUUCCUUCACCUCCGUGCUGCUGACAUGGCCAUCAACGCUACUGUGGAAGUGCUGCAAGACAUCCGACUGGCCACAGGCGACCAAGCCUUUCUUCAAUUGGUAGGCCUCAGUCAGACCUCAGUUCUGGCUAUUGUGAUUGACACCACGGGCAGCAUGUCUGAUGAGAUUGAAGGUGCAAAGAGAGUCUCCUUCAGUAUUAUAGACAGCAGGAGAGGAACACCAGGGGAACCUUCAGAAUACAUUCUAGUCCCAUUUAAUGAUCCAGAUUUUGGACCUCUGACAAGAACUACGAAUGCAGAUAUUUUCAAAGAGAGAAUUAAUUCUCUUUCAGCAGAUGGUGGAGGAGAUGAACCAGAGAUGUGUCUGUCAGGACUACUGUUGGCACUAGCAGGAGCUCCUCCAUCUUCAGACAUUUUUGUUUUCACUGAUGCUGCAGCAACAGACUUAGAAUUAAAAAGCACCGUUCUGGCCAUGAUAGAAAGCACCAGGUCAACAGUCACAUUCAUGUUGACUAACGUUCUUCUGCGAAGAAGAAGGACUGCCUCACAAUCUCAACAGUUUAAAUUAAGAUCAGACAUACAGUUGUACAGAGAUCUGGCCCAUGCUUCUGGUGGACAGGCAAUAACUGUCACAAAAGCUACACUGUCUCAGGCCACUGCAGUCAUUACAGAUGCAUCUACCUCUGCCCUGGUGACUGUUCUUCAGGUGGUGAGAAGUCCAAUCAUUCCAGAAAACGUCUCUUUUGUUUUAGAUCCAUCUCUAUCCAAUGUGACUGUGUAUAUCACUGGAGACUCUCCAGUCUUUACCCUCUACAGCCCUACAGGUGUGUCUCAGUCAGAUUCAGUGGCAGAUGGUCCUCUGGGCAGCAUCCUGACUGUAGGGAAUCUGAAUAGAGUAAAACUCAACUCUGACAGCCAGACAGGGGAAUGGAAGAUCAGCAUUGACUCCACACACUCCUACAGUCUUAAAGUCAUUGGUCAGAGUUCUGUGAACUUUCUCAUUAACUUUGUGGAGCAGUUAGAAGGAGGUGACUUCACACCGAAAGCCAAUCGUCCUUUCAUUGGUCGGAACGCUACUUUGUUUGUGUCUGUGACCGGAGGAGAUUCAGUCUCAGUGACUGACGUGCUUCUAGUUGAAGCUUCAGGAUCUGAUGUUGUUCAUGGAACCAUUAAAUCAUUGGGUGCAACAGACUUCCUGGUCAACAUCGACAGAAUCCCAGAGUGGGCGUUUGUGGUGCAGCUGAAAGGGCUGUUAAACAACUCGACUCGAUCUUCGCCGAGUCGAUUCCAGAGACAGUCACCCACCCAGCAACGAGGCUCUGGAGUUAAUAUAAUGGCACAACCAAAUAACACUAUAGAGCCUGGAAUCCCCUUUAAUCUCAACUUUACAUUGGUCACUAAUGCUACAGGCGGCAGCUACACUAUCCGAGCCUGGACUGACCGCAGCUUCAGUGUGUCUUUCCCCAGGUCUCUGGACACGGGGACAGAGGGAAGUGCUCAAGGAAGCGUAACACUGACUGCACGCUCCGACACAGAGUCAGGGACAGAUGUCACACUCACCAUUGAAGCAGAAGAUUCAGAGUCCAGUGACUCGAAUUACGUGGCACUGCGGUUCACUGUAAUGACUAAGGUAGCUGUUAGGAAAGCUGCAGAAAAGCAAGAAUAUUGAUAAGGAUAUAGCUUUCUUCAUCACUCUGUGUUUUUUACAUGCUAACAGUAUUUGUUGACUAAUUGUUGUUGAUUAAACAGUUUAUUAUGAACAAUCAAAGCUGACUUUCAAAGCUGACUUUUAGCAUCAUUACUCCAGUCACAUGAUAUUUCAGAAAUCAUUCUAAUAUUCUGAUUUUCUGCUCAAAAACAUUUAUUAUUGUUGUUAUUAUUAUGUUGAAAAGAGCUGAGAAGAAUUUUUCAGUUUUUUUUUUUUUUUUGAUGAAUAGAAUGUUCAGAAGAACAGCAUCGUUUGUAACAUGAUAAAUGUCUUUAUCAUUACUUGUGUGCUAAAUAAAAGUUUUAAUUGCUAUAUAUACUGACUCCAAGCUUUUGAAUGGUAUAGUGUAUAUUGUUACACUUGGAGUACGACUGGAGUAAUGAUGCUGAAAAUUUUGCUUUGAUCACAGGAAUAAAAUAUAUUCAAAUAGAAAGCAGUCAUUUUAAAUAGUAAAAAUAUUUGACAAUAUUACUGCUUUAGCAAAUACAACUUCAUGUAUUUUGGAUCAAAUAAAUGCAGGCUUGGUGAGCAGAAGAGAAUUCUUUAAAAAAAACUUUAAAAAUCUUACUGUUCAAAAACUUUUGACUGGUAGUGUGUCAUGUUGAAAUAUAUAAAUGAACAUCACAUAGGCUACCUGGCAUUUCCAUAAGUGUAUAUUGAUUAUGUGCU